AUGGCCAGGCUGCUCUCUUCCUUCUGCCUCCACCGGAUCAGGUCCGGCGUUACUGCGUCCACUGCCGCACUGCCGUCGAUAUGCGCCAACAAGGAGACCUCCUUCGACGACGGCAGUGAGAGCAAGUCGCCGAAGGAUGACAAGCAGGAAGACGAGGAGGCUAAUAAGAAGGGUGGCGCGGAGGCCGUCGUCGUGGGGAGGAGGUGA